AGAAUAAAUUUGUUAAUAAACAAGUGAAGUUGCUCUUUGGAAUAAUUUUUAUCGAAAGUGAAUUUUGAGGAAGUAUUUCGAUAUUAAGCGUGUUGAUUUGAAUAAUUUUUUGAGGAAAUUUCCUUUGUGAAGUAAGAAAUACAUUUUGUUGCCUCCGAUUUGCCGCAUUGCGAUGAAGAGCAGUCAUCAUAUCAUACGCAAUUCAUAUGAGAAAUAAUAUAUUUAUGAUAAAUAAAAAAGAGUCGCAUAAGUGUGGAAAUAAUUGAAAUAUGAGCAGAAACGAUGCAAAAAUUUAUCUUGAUUAAAAAAAAAUUUAUUUGAAGAAUAAGCAAAAGGAAGUGCAAUAAGGAAGUGGAGAGUGAAAAAAAUAAGGAGAAAAAUAUCAAAUCUUAGUAAAUCAAAAUUAAAAGUAGUGAAUGUACGUAGUGGCUUCCACUGAAGUAAAUGAAUCUUUCCCAUAUGGGAAUUUUUUCGAUCUUGAUAAUCAAACCUUAGCAUCGAAUGGUACGGAUGUGGAUGUACUCUCCUGCUUAUAUGAGCACAUUCAUGCUCUGACAAAUCUAUCGGGAUGUCCGCCAACACAUGAUAAGGUUUUAUGUUGGCCCCCAACACCAUACAACACACUAGCAACGCAGCGCUGUAUGUUUACCAUUAAUGGCAUGCAGUAUGAUGAAGAAGAUAAUGCCACGAAGUUCUGCAAUGCUGAGGGUUUUUGGGAGAAAUCAAUGUACGAUAGCUGUGUCCAUUCAUCAUCACAUUCGGUAUUGACGCACGAUGUUGAGUACAAUACAAUAAUUUACUGUAUUGGAUAUUCAUUAAGUAUCAUCGUUUUGACUAUCGCUGUGAUUAUUUUUGUUACCUUUAAAGAACUACGCUGCUUGCGUAACACAAUUCACUGUAAUCUUUUCAUUACGUAUAUAUUUUCUGCUUUAUUAUGGCUGUUGACACUAUCGUUUCAAAUGUCGUCUACAGCAGGACUGAUAGAAUGUAUACUUUUAUUGACCCUUUUGCAAUUUUUUAAUUUAACAAAUUUUUUCUGGAUGAUGGUUGAGGGCCUAUAUCUUUAUCUACUGGUUGUGGAAACAUUUUCACGUAUAGAAGUAAUAAAUAAGUUUGCCGUUUACGCUAUUAUAGGAUAUGGUGUUCCUGCUGUAGUUGCACUUACAUGGUCUAUCGUUAAAGGAGUUGUUGGCUCAAGAGUUGCAGAUUCCCUGGAGAUUGAAGUUGAUUGUUUGUGGAUGCAAGAGUCAGGCGUAGAUUGGAUAUUUAAAGGGCCAGCAUGUGCUGUACUAUUAAUAAAUCUUAUCUUCCUAACAAGUAUCAUGUGGGUGCUCAUAACAAAAUUGCGGUCAGCAAACACAGCUGAGACGCGCCAAUAUCGAAAAGCCUCAAAAGCUUUACUCGUACUAAUUCCACUGUUUGGAUUGACGUAUUUGAUUGUGCUUUAUGGACCAAAUGAAGGGAUGGGUAGACAAAUUUUCGAUAUUGCUAGAGCAUUUUUAUUGAGCACACAGGGAUUUUUUGUUGCUCUAUUUUACUGUUUUCUAAAUUCAGAAGUGAGAAAAGCAAUCAAAAAAAGUAUCAAUCGUUGGCGAGAUGCGAGAAACAUAAUUCGACCACAACUUCGUCAUUCAUCAAACCAGACCACUAAAAGUUUCCAUAAACAUUCGAUAGGUAUAUAAAUAACGGAUCCCAUCAGUCGCCUCAUUCAAACACCGAGAGCUUAAGACCACUUACAGGCAAUACAAAGAAACGGGAAUCAAAUGUCACAUCAACAACAAUCUUAACUGAAGUUCCAUCCAAUUAUUGUGCUGUUCUUCGAGAAUCAAAUGGAGCCUUUCCACCACGCAACUCGGGUCCAUUGAUGCAGGGACUAGAAGAAAACUCUGUUUAAUAAAGCCUAAAGUGGACAGCCUGAAGAUAUCAAAAGCAACAAAAAACGCAUACAAUGAAAAUCAAUUGCCAACAAAUAUUAAGCAGAAACAAAAAGAGGAUGAAAAUAGAAUUUAAUUGUUAAAUCAUUCUGAAAUUAAGUCAUUAUAAUGAACAUAGGAAAAAGUAUAAGUUCAACCCCUAAUUUUUGAAGAGUUUUUAUUCAAAUUUCUACAGAUAGCAAAUGCCGUUCAAAUGUAUGUGAG